AGGGGUGAGGACUCAGGCUUUCAAGUCUGACGAUUCGUGGAAACAGGACUGGCUGAGGAAUUGGCGUGGUGAGGCUGGCUGUAGCUCAUUCUGCUUCUCUGACCUUUCAGCGUUCACCCCAAUACCUGGUUCUGAAUUUUUUUUUAUCAAUAAGACCUUUUAAGAUUCGUGUUACGGGGUACGUUCGUUGGCUUACUCCUUUCUGCCUGCUGAGGCCGAGGAAGCAUCGCUGAAGGGUCUCCCUGCUGUCAUGUCUAAGUCCAAGGCCCCCAAGCAUCGGCGGAAGCUCUUCAUCGGAGGGCUGAGGCCCAAAACGACCAACCAGAGCCUGAGGAGCCAUUUUGAGCAGUGGGGAACACUCACAGACUGUGUGGUCCUGAGAGAUCCAAACACCAAGCGAUCCAGGGGCUUUGGGUUCGUCACAUACGCCACCGUGGAGGAGAUGAAUGCCGCUAUGAACGCAAGACCACACAAGGUGGACGGAAAAGUUGUGAAAGCUAAAAGAGCCGUGUCAAGAAAAGACUCUCAGAGACCGGGUGCCCACUUAACUGUGAAAAAGAUCUUCGUUGGCGGUAUUAAAGAAGACACUGAAGAACAUCACCUGCAAGAUUAUUUUGAGCAGUAUGGAAAGAUUGCGGUGAUUGAGAUCAUUACUAACAGAGGCAGUAGAAAAAAGAGAGGGUUUGCUUUUGUCACUUUUGAUGACCACAACUCUGUGGACAAGGUGGUUAUUCAGAAAUACCAUACUGUGAAUGGCCACAACUGUGAAGUCAGAAAAGCCCUGUCAAAGCAGGAGAUGGCUAUUGCUUCAUCCAGCCAAAGAGGUCAAAGUGGUUCCGGAAACUUUGGGGGUGGGUGUGGAGGCAGUUUUGGUGACAAUGACAAUUUUGAUCAAGGGGGAAACUUCAGUGGUCAUGGCGGCUUCGGUGGCAGCAGUGGUGGUGGUGGAUAUGGUGGCAGUGGGGAUGGCUAUAAUGGAUUUGGUAAUGAUGGAAGCAGUUUUGGAGGUGGUGGAAGCUACAAUGAUUUUGGCUUUUACAACCAUCAGUAUUCAAACUUUGGACCAAUGACGGGAGGAAACUUUGGAGGCAGAAGUCCUGGCCCGUAUGGAGGUGGUGGCCAGUACUUUGCUAAACCACCAAACCAAGGUGGCUGUGGUGGUUCCAGCAGCAGCAGCAGCUACGACCCUGGCAGGAGGUUCUAAUUACAGCCAGGAAACAAAGCUCGGCAGGAGAGGAGAGCCAGAGAAUGGGCAAAAAACC